AUGCUAGAAGAUAUCCCUCCCCCAGCGGAUGUCGCUUCUAUCACCUCCCCUGACCAUGCCCCAGUUUUGGAGCUUACGGAUGCCACUAUGAAAUCAGAAGCCACUCUAACCUUCUUCCUGUCAAUCAUCUCCGGUAAAGAUCUCGAGGUCGCUCUUGAAGAGUGUACGACUACAGACUACGUCCCUACGUUCUACUACGCUAUGACUCUCGCCCGGAAAUGA